CUUCUCGUAUGUGCCGCUGUCGUAUGUCUGACAAUUUCUCUGCAAUUCUAGCCCAAGGACCGUAGUUCCUCUUUGCACUAUGUCUUCCUCGCUGCUCGAAACCAUAGACCUUGCGCAUCUGCCACCUUCGAUGCCAAUUCAUGUCGCACUUUAUCGGGAUGUCAAGAAUGCCGCUUCUCUUCGCCAACAGCUCAUCUCAGGGAAUGCUGACUUUGAAUAUGCAUUCAUUGAUGCAAGCAUGGUUCUUUCUCGAGCUCAUGCCUUGUCCGCCGUCUUUCGAGCCGUGAAUGACUCGAUUAACGGACGUCUUAAGUCGCGCAAUGUCCACUCGGAAAUCGUCUUCUCUUUCAGUCCAGCGAACAAUAUCGCUGAAUCGUUCCGCAAAUUCGGCAUUGCGGACUCCACCAAAGACCUUCUCGUGAUCAAGGUCUCAGUGACACCGGAUGUCACCCAUAACGCAGUAGCCGCACACCUCUCUCAACAUGUCGAAGGCUCCGCUGUGCCAUUCGAUGACGAAACCUUGUCGAGAAUUGCCGAUGUUCCAAAAAUCAAGAAAGCUUAUAAGUUGGGUGCCCUGAAAACUCCUUCCCCGACGCAGGCGAAUGGCACAAACAGCGAUGGUACGAGGCAACUUGAACUUGCGGUUCUGGGAGCAAUUGCGUUGCGCGGGGCCACUUGAUUGAUCUUCUGGGACUGAGAUAACUUCUUUCACCAUUACUCUAUGAUGGGGAAUCCACCAGGCCUGUGGAAACAGCUGUUCACUAUCCCACGCCAUUCAAGCUGUCUAUACAUGGUAGCGUUCGUGGAAAAUACCUAAGCAGGCUUGAUUCGAUGUCGAGGGCCUGUCACGAGACCUGCUUUCCCCGGCGACGUUCGUCUCGAACACUCUUGCUCAAUUAGACAAGAUACAAGAAUGUCCGAAAUCUGUGCAUGGAGACUCCAGUCUGAUAAUGCAGAGUGCAGUGCCGGGUCUUUACUUCCUGCACGGCAACAAAUUAGAACAAAUAGAAUCAAU